GCACUGAUAUCUCGGGCGCAAGAUAAUGGAAUGGAAACUGCUGAUGAUAGUGCUGCCCUGGCUGCUCGUCUGGAAGGUCCCCUACAAGGUCGAGGACUUCACGGAGCGGGAUGUGGUCUACCAAAGUCUGGACUACCAUCCCGAGGACUACAUCGAUACCUUCACCGACGUUCAGAAGCAUGACUACUUCCAGUACUGAGAGGGUACUGGGCCCUAUUUUUUGUUUAUUUUUGUUCUGUUUAAGUGCCUUCAAUAAAUCAGUGUUUAUUUCGUAUAUCAUUUUGCAUAUGUUAUUUAUACGAUACUAAAAUCUGCACAGAUUGUGUUUAAAUAUGUAUGAUAUAUUGCCAUGAGUUUCAGUGGUGCUACAUCAAAAACAAAUUGCUAAACCUAAAUAAUAAAACUCGAAAAUUGUAAUAUUCAUAUUUUUUAAAUACUCCUUACUUAUUUUCUUUAAUAAAAACUAAAACUCGGAGUGGCUUCAUUCGGCUUAUAGAUGCUCUUCAUUUAACCCAUAUUGCUC